AUGGAGUCUCCAGUGAAGUCGAUUGUGUCCUUAACUAGGAGAGAUAAAACAAGUUCUCAGAAGUACCCAUUGCUGGUAACUGAAUUGAUCGGACAUCUGAACCUUUAGGAUGCCCACUGGUGUUCGAAUACAGUCUACCUCCAGUUUUAUUUUCCCAAGCCGGGUGCAACAAACAAUGAGCUCAAUAACUGGAGUUUGCAAGUGUCCUCAAUAGUAUCUGCAUACUCUCAACUGCUUGUUGAAGAUUUUGACAAAUUUUGGUGUGAGGUAUCGCAAAUUAAUAAACAAACUGACUGUCUGAUAGAUAUUACACAGUCCUACGCUCCACGCCUCCCUUGAUUCAGUUCUUCAGGCCGGACCGAGGUAACGCCGUGUUGUUUUAUGCGUAUGGUUGGCAUAUUAAAAGGUUCCUAGAUCUUCCACAGAGUUUGCUCCGUUUCGCUUCCUUACUACGUCAAUUGAAGACGCUAACGCUUCUCGUCUUUCAACGGGCCUCCCAAUCCAAGCACUCCAAUGUACGCUAUUUUGGCGCUUAUUAUCAUAUCUUUUCUUACAGGACAUGUUUCUGACAGAUUCAGAAUACGCAAGACUUGUUCAUGAGAAGUCUGUCUUCGAUUCCUACCGGUUCAUUAGCUUGACGUCGAUGUAUUGCGCCGAUAACCGUGAAGUCGUUACUGAGAUCAUCCGUUCUGUGGUCGCAUUACAGCCGAAAUUUGUUGAUGACAUAAAUACCACCCUGCAGGCCGUUUUAGCCGUAAGCUUCCAACUGCGCUUUGACCGUUUCUUACUCAGCUUUGCGGUAUGAUCAUAGCCUUUCCCUUCCGUACUUUUAGAUCUUGAGGAACAUAGAACUGAAACUGCAACAGUGGCAGCUUGAGGAGGACCACGGAACUGAAACAUCCUCGGACGUGAACUGCAUUGGCCGCCUUGAUGAUGUCAUUGACUACUUGCAAGAUAUUGGUUUAACGCUCGAUCAAUUUCUUUCGAUUGUGUCACAAGCGUGUCCUGAGGUCCCUAAAAAGUGCAUUGCAGAUGGCUUGCAUACCAGGUGAACUUUUUCUUUCGCAUAUUCCGUUUACUUGCUUUCACUGUUCAACCAAGACGCGGGUUGCGCCAGUUACCCAAACGGUAAUAUAACCUGGUUGGUCAAAUUUUAGAGAUCAGACUAAAGUCCAGUUUGACAUCCACUGCUAUGUCUGAGAGUAUGGUAUCUUCUCAUUCUUCCAUCAGAACUGUGUCUCUGAACUUCAUUUCUCUCGCUGCAGUAAGAAUCAAAUUGAACAAUCGCAAAAAUUCAAAGCAAGAGUCUCCCAACAACUGACUACUCAGAAUUACUUCCGAUAAGUUUUAGUAUUACAUAGGAGUGUAAUAAUGUAUUAUCCCCGGGGAAUAUGAUUAUUAUUGCUCCGAUUUCCAAAGUACAGUAACGUCUGCUAGCCUCUUUAUGCGCACCAAUCGACCUAAUCGCAGCUACUAAAUCCGUCACCCAUGGAGCUGACAUUAUUGAGGAAGACGGAAAUUUGACUGGACAGCGAGUCUCCUAUGUAAUGCUGAAACUUCUCGGAAGUCAUUCUGAGUAGUCAGUUGUUGGAAGGCUCUUGCUUUUAAUUUUUGCGAGUGUUCAAUUUGAUUGCUACUGCAGCGAGAGAAAUGAAGUUCAGAGAUACAGUUCUGAUGGAAGAAGGAGAAGAUGCCAUAUUCUCAGACAUAGCAGGGGAUGUCAAAAUGGACUUUAGUCUGGGGAAAACGGAAAUCUGACUGGACAGCGAGUCUCCUCCGAUUCCUUGUCCUAUUCACCACCAAAAACCAACGUAGUCUUGUUGUUCUGCCAGUCUGUAACGAAUAGUCGACGGUUUUGUUGGACAAGCAGAAAUAAAUAAACAAAACAGACAUUAUUACAGCGAUUAGAGGCACUUGUCCUCGACCGAAAUGUAUUUUCGAUUCGAAAAGAUUACUUAGAUAGGGCUGUAAUAUCAAUUAUCAUGCGACAUAAUCCCAGGAUAUCUCAGUCUCGUCAGGAGGCCUGAAAAAACGACACUCUGCAAGAGAUGGCUACUUGAGUAGUAUGCAUUUUUUUCCGGCAACCCACGCGCAAGUCACUGGUGCUGCGCGCACUCGGUGGACGUCAUCGCUGGCCACGAUGAAACUGUUUGAUGGUCAUCGGGCUUAGGAUUGAACGAAUAAAGGUAGAGUAAGUCGUAAACAGUGCUGCGUCGAUUUAUCUUCGUUUCUUUCGAUUUUCCCCGCUCUGGUGGGUAUGUACUAUCACGUUCACCAUACUCCACAGGUGUCGAAGGAGAUGAGGCGACUUCCUGCACUGGACUGUGCUUUCAAACAGUUCAAACUAGGGUAUACCACAUAUUUAUCUAAGGGCAGGAGAAUGUACCCUGAAUUCCGCUAUAGUUUCGAAUUCCAUCCCUCCUCGGAAGUUUCUUAAAGGUAUUGGUAUCAGGAUAUUUCUACCAUCGCAGGCGACGUGAUCCCUCAGUGACGCAUAAGACCGAUGCAGCGCCGGUUACUUGUGCGUGAAUAUUUAUUUCAUGAGACGGACUUGCGAAGCACUCACCUCACACGCUCCUUCCUCACCCUUCGUGUUCCGGUAGUAAGAAAAAAUCAAGACGACCCGAGGCUGGCCGUGAAUGCAGGAGCUGAUGAUGCAAAUUCAACCCCCUCCCCCGUCUACUCGUACCACAAGCGCGCCAGCUGCACCCAGGGGGUCUCAGCUCUCAAGUAAGUGAGAGUGCCAUAAAGACUGCACCAAGAAGAAGUGAUUGCAGGCUCGUCCUUAGCUCUGGGAGGAUCGAUCUAUCUCGUCAGUUGACAGCCUUCCCAGUCGUGACUUUUAGCGCGUCAGUUCCACUGCGGCGAGCAAGACGCUGAUUGGCCGGUUGGGGAAUGGCAUCGGCCUCACCCGACCUGUUAUGUAUCACCGACCUCUCCGCGACUGGUGAUAAGACUGGGCACGGUGACAAGCGGGCCCUAGAGCCUCCAAUUGUUGCGCUUCACUGGCGCGCGCUACCACGCACAAGUUGCCAGCACAAUGCAGGAAAGAAGAGCUGUCCACGCCAAGCCCUCUGAAGUGUCAGGGCUUUACGCUGGUAUCAAUAAUCAACAGCCCGGCCUUGUCAUUUUCGGGCAAGCCUAGUUUGUGGAUUUCCAGUCUGUCCCCGUCGCACUGGGUUCUUAACUUUUCUUUUUAUAAUGCCCUGAUUUUCCGCUGGAAUGCCCUACAUACAGUAGCUGUGCUAACUCGCGAAAUGUUGACCAAGAUUCUGAAAUGCGUUUUCGUUUCGCAAAGAUUACUUAAGUAGGUGUUUAAGGGUAAUCAUCGUGCAGCAUAAUUAUAUAAUGAUUCAGAUAUCCCGGAGAUGUCGACAUUCAAAUGAGCAUCUUUAUGGUCACAUGCGAAAACCACGCUCUGGAAAAAAUGACUACUUGAGUAGCAUGAAUUUUCUUCACUGAUUUUAUUAAAUCGCCUUAAACAUUCAAUUAUAUUUCAUGGAGAACUUGCAUAUAAUUAUUCCCUCUUUUGUCCAUUCAGUAGAAAAUUAUGUCUUUUCCAAUUUCGUACUUGGAGGAAGGGUAUAAUUCGGUGUUAAAAAAGUUUCUCAUUCUGCGAUUUUUUAUGCCGUGAAAUGCCCGUUCAUAAAACAUAGUAUCUCCGCACUUACUAGUGUUGCUUGUAAGGUUUACAAUAGGGCUCAAAUUCACCGCAAAAUUUUAUGAACCCCAUAUGGCUUACUCUUAUUGCCGUAGAGAAAUGUAUGGUUUUCCGUACACAAAAAUAUAUGGUUUGUAGUUUGGAAACCCUGAAGGCAAGUGUAACGGCUGGUCGGGCUCAAAAUUAUCCGGGAAUUGGAAAAGAUUUUGAAAACCGAAUUAUACCCUUCCUCCAAGGAUAAAAUUUAAAGAAGACAUAAUUUCCUACCGAAUGAGCAAAAGAGUGAAUAUUUUUAGGCAUGUUUUGCGUGAAAUGUAAUUUACUUUUUUAGGGCACGGAAAAUCAAUGAGAAAAAUUCACGCUACUCAAGUAGUCAUUCUUUACAGAGCGUGGUUUUUGCAUGCGGCCGGAAAGAUGUUCGUUCGAAAGCUGACAUCCCGGGGUGUCUGAAUUAUUGUAGAAUUAUGCUGCACGAUUAUUACUUUUAAAACCCUACUUAAGUAGUCUUUUCGUAGCGAAAACGCAUUUCAGAAUUUUGGUUGACACUUGAUAAGUAAGCCCACCUACUGUACACCAGCUUUUUAGCUAAGUCCUCUGGCCUUGAUUUUUGGCAUUGAUCCAUUUGCGCUUGGUCCUCGUCUGUAGUGUUGUAUAAACUCCCGCACUCCUGGUCAACGUUUAGAGAGCAGGCAUUUGUAGACAGUGUCCUUUCUUGAAACUUUACCUUCAGAUUCGCUCACUACUGCGACAGCCUGACUGAUCUCAUCCGUGGCCAGGUUCUGCGAAACAUGCGAUGGAGUUUCGAGUGAGUCCCGUUCUUUUUUUGUAAGUACUCGCAUCCGAAACUGACUGUCUCUUCGCCUCCAACAGACAGAAGGCGCAGCUGUUAAGAAAACUGUCGUCGGCCAUUGCAGCUAUGGUAAAAACUGUGCGUUGUGGCAUAGUUGAACCGGGGCUUCUGAAUCCUAUCACACAGCUGGCCUUCUCCCAAGACGCUUCGGACACGUCUAAAAGGCAGGGCUUUCUCACUGCAGCCGCUGAAUUUCUACAGCUUCUGACCGAGUUUACAAAUCAUCGCAAGUAAGGGUCCCGCUUCCUCUAUUUGGCGUAUUGUUUUUUUGUUGUCAUUGAAAAACCAAUUCUUAUUAACAGAAUUCAUAUACUGCUACUUUUUCAUUUCCUUUAGUUUCGCUUGCUUUUAUUCCCUUCUCUAUGCCAUUGACGAGGACAUUAACAGCAUACAGGAGAUGGCACCAUCCGAUGCCCUGUAAGUCUUGCCUCGCAUUCAAACUGCAAAGUAGUCCUUUUGAAAUUUGUUUAACGUACGUCUAAGACAAGCUUCACCGCCACACUUUGUCACAGCCCUGAGUCGAGUCACUGGCAUACUGCAUGUUUCUAAAGUCGUCAGAUGCCUUGUAGUUGCUUUGUAGAAGUCGCUAUCCUAGGUUCCUCGUAACCGCCUUUGCCAUGGAUAUAUGAAAGUGCGUCAAGCUGAGCCCGGACUGCUGUUGCUGCUGCUGAUGAUGAUAAUGAUGAUGACGAUUAUUAUGUGGGGUAGGCAACCACCCUUCCCCCCCCCUCCCCCCAGCCGGGUGACCACUUUCAGUGAACCAGCAAAAAGUUGGAUGAAGGCUAUACCCCUGGGUCUGCCCACCCUGUUAGCUGGAUAAUCUACGUCGCGCAUUGUGGCUGCGGGGAGCCAAAGUGGACCAAAGUACGAGGUCGAGAAUACGGGCCCCCCUAGUACUACAGGUGGCAUCGCGCUACAUUCCCAGGGGUACCUUCUUCCAUGCACUAACCCUCACUCCCCUGGAAUUCAGGGCCAGGCCACUUUUGGCAGGAAGGUCCAUAUUCCCGUGCUCAACCAAAUUUUUGCCCGUCAAAGCAAUUGUUGCCGUUGUUCAGACAUCCUUAAGACCCGACUUCACUAGGGGAAAAGACGAAUGUUGAUAAUAUGCGUCUCGUACGAACCAUGUGCCUCUGUCAUGUUAUCGUGGCUGCGCCAAUUCACUUGCGCAAUGUCUUUAAAGCUGUUUAAUGACAGCUCGACGGUCGCGAAUGACGGUGUCUACCGUGCGCUCCGCAGCAUGACGGUCGCAGGAACGGUGACUUGCGCGUGAAUAAGUUUACUGUGACAGUGACUUUCGCAGCGUCUUCCUCGCUCUCUCCCUCCCCACUCACCUGAGCCCGAUGUCAGGACAGAGUCACUAAGACCGGAGGCGGGAUCGGGAGUGCGGCGACUUACAAUGCUGAACAGCUCAUCUGCGCCUGGCACACACGCGUGGUCUGGGGGCAAUGGACCAGGGUUUUACCAAGAAAAAACGAUGGGACUGCUCGGAUCCAUAUUGAGUGGCAUUGCCAUAGAAGCCACAUUAAGAAGGAGCCAUUACAGCCAUCACCAUCGUGGGAACUGCCGCAGGUGUGACAAUGUAGGAAGUUGCGGAGGCAGUAGGUGAAGCUACCGUGUCGUUAUUAUACUUGUUUCGUAGAUAUCCAGGAGGUCGAUCCGUGCGCAGAGUGUUUGUUGACGGCGGGGAUACGAUGGCGGGGCGGGGGGGGGAGGUUGAGAGUUGGGAUUGUGGGUCGAAGGCGCUUGAGACUUGCGAGCCGACUUUUUGGUUUUGACAACGGUGAUCCGGUUGGCCUCGUAAAUUGCUGCCCCAUUCUUCACUGCACUUAUUCAGGCCGAUCUAUCCCGGAGGGGGGCGGAGGUCCUCUGAAGCCUCCGGGCUGAUUUGGAGGUUCUUGGGAGAGCUCCUCG